AUUUGGUUCUAACCCCUCUUCUUCAUUUAUAAAAGCUGACAAAAGCUCCAAGCUUUCAGCUUCUCCAUAAAUUUUACUGUACUUCAGCUUUUUUCCUCCUAUUACUUCCGAACCUUUCCAGUUUCAAGCAAUGAGGGCCAAGAGAGGGAAUCGUUCUGAGGCAUUUUGGCCUUCCCUCGUGAUGAAGAAAUGGCUGAACAUUAAGCCCAAGGCUUGUGAUUUCAGCGAAGAUGAAUUCACAGAGAAUGAGAGUGAAGACGAUGCUUGCUCGCUUAAGGAUGAAAGUGUUAAUGUGAAUGAAGAUCAUGGUCGUAGAACUCAAUUGAACCAAUAUUUGUUUCAUUCUGGUUUCACAGAUGAACCUUCCAAGGGCUAUUCCCUGAGACACAGACGGGGUAAAUCUGAAACUCUGCGUAUCCAGUACAUAAAUACCAAGGAUGUGAGGGUGACAAUAGGCACUUGGAAUGUUGCUGGUAUAUCACCGGACGAUGAUCUUGAUAUCGAGAGCUGGCUUUGCACAGAAGAACCAGCAGAUGUGUAUAUUAUUGGUUUCCAAGAGGUAGUCCCUUUGAAUGCUGGGAAUGUAUUUGGGGCAGAAAACAACAGACCAAUUCGGAAGUGGGAGUCAAUCGUUCGAAGAACCUUGAACAAAUCUUGGCAGCCUAAGAGCAAACACAAAUGUUACAGUGCCCCACCUUCUCCAGUAUUGAGGACUUGCUCUGUUGCUGAUUUACUUUCAGGUGAGGUUGAUGCUUUACCACUAGACCUCACAAAUGAAGAAUACCUAGAACCUACAGCUGAUUGUCAAUUUGAAAGAAAUGAGCCAAAGAAAGCUGAAGUUGCCACGGGCAAAAAUUUGAACCUGAGGGGUAUCUUUGGGAUAGAUACCGGCAAUAGACUGGACUGGCCCGAGCAUUCAUUAGAUGCAGCUCCACAAAUCAUCUCAUCAAAUCCCAAGCUGAGAAGGGUACUCAGUAGCUCAGCUAGAAUAAGCUCUACUUGGGAAGAAGACAGCCUAGGUAGUCCUCGGAGUUUCAUAGUGAACAAAAGUGGGUUGAAGAGAACCCAUCAUAGUUCUGGGGACCUUGGAUCACUAUUGUGGGAGUUAGAGCAGCCAAAAGAGGUGAUGAUGACUGAGCUUCCUGAAGUUGUUGAUACAGCAGAAAGUGUGUCUGAUGGAUUAUCUGAUGGAGAUGAAGACGACUUGUUUGCAGCAGAAGUACCAAGCUAUGACCAACGUUGCGGUGUUGUCAUAGGAAAGAAACAUCCCAAGUAUGUGCGCAUCGUGAGCAAGCAAAUGGUGGGGAUAUAUGUGUCAGUUUGGGUGCGGAAGAGGCUGAGGAGACAUGUCAACAACUUGAAGGUCUCUCCCGUUGGAGUUGGUCUCAUGGGAUACAUGGGGAACAAGGGAUCUGUUUCUGUUAGCAUGUCCCUAUACCAGUCGAGGAUGUGCUUUGUUUGUUCUCAUCUGACGUCUGGUCAGAAAGACGGAGCUGAACAAAGGCGGAAUGCUGAUGUCUAUGAGAUCAUAAGGCGCACUCGUUUCUCCUCAUCUGUCCUCGAUGCAGAUCAGCCACAGACCAUCCCUGCUCAUGAUCAAGUAUUCUGGUUUGGUGACUUGAACUAUCGGCUCAACAAGUUGGACUCAGAAGUAAGGAAGCUUGUUGCCUUGAAGCAGUGGGAUGAACUUAAGAACAGCGAUCAACUAAUCAGAGAACUCCGUAGUGGGCACGUAUUCGAUGGAUGGCGAGAAGGAACAAUAAACUUCCCCCCUACUUACAAGUACGAGAUUAACUCUGACAGAUAUGUUGGAGAGCAUCCAAAAGAAGGAGAAAAGAGGAGAUCUCCAGCAUGGUGUGACAGAAUACUUUGGCUAGGAAAAGGCAUAAAGCAACUCUUCUACAGACGAGCAGAUCUCCGAUUAUCAGAUCAUCGACCAGUGAGUUCGAUGUUUGUGGUAGAAGUCGAAGUCUUUGAUCACCGAAAGCUGAAGAAGGCGCUGAAUGUGAAUAGUGCAGCAGUUCAUCCCGACAUUUUCCUCUUUGACGAUGAAAACUAGCAAAUGUUACACAAGGAGAUUGCAGAUCACGGUGGAGAAUGACCAGAUAAACCAGAAAUGAGUUAAGUAUGAUAAUGAAGAAGAAGAAAUCCAAACGGUGAAAAAUACAAAUAACUGCCAGAAGGCAGCUUGCUUGCAAAUUUUUGGCAGGAGUAGAGCAGCAACAGCAGAAAAAGAAUAGCAGUGUUUUUUUAUUGAUUAGUUUUGUGUGUUCUUUUGGGGGUGGGUGGUAAGUGUACAGAUAAGGAGAAUAGUUCUCUUCCACUUUAUAAAUAGCCUUUUCUCUUUUCCUUUUCAUACAAAGCUUCACUUUUUGUGUGUAAAAUAGAGGUGUUUGUUGGCUUGGGUUGCUUCUUUCUGUGCCUUCUGCGUUAUGGCAUUGUGAAUUAGUUUUGUUUAUCACUUUUAUUAUACCAACAUUGAGAUGUAACUUAUGAACUCUGCAACUAAUACAAAAUAUUUCACAAGUAUAUCUCCAAAUUUUAGCU